AGACAAGAAACCAGCAAAAAUUUUUCACAAUGGAUGUAGAUGAUGAAGAAAACAUGAGUUCGAGCAGCACUGAUGUUAAAGAAAACCGCAACGUGGACAACGUUCCCCCCAAGGAUGGCGGUGGGCAAGGUGCCGGGGAGGGAACGCAGCUCUCCAAUGGUGGUGGUGGCAGCAGCAGAAAGCGUCCUUUGGAGGAGGGCAACAAUGGCCACUCCAAAUUUCGCCCGAAGAAGAGGAAGAAAAUGCCUGGCCCCGUUCUGCCAAAGAAUGCCCUGAUGCAACUCAAUGAGAUUAAACCUGGUUUACAGUACAAACUCCUCUCCCAGACAGGGCCGGUCCAUGCCCCUAUGUUCGUGAUGGCAGUUGAAGUCAAUGGGCAGGUAUUUGAGGGGUCUGGCCCAACAAAAAAGAAAGCCAAGCUUCAUGCUGCUGAGAAGGCUCUGCGGUCUUUCGUCCAGUUUCCAAACGCCUCAGAAGCCCACCUGGCAAUGGGGAGGACUCUGUCAGUCAACACGGAUUUCACCUCCGACCAAGCAGACUUCCCUGACACCCUUUUCAAUGGGUUUGAGACACCAGUCCCUUCUGAUGCUUCCUUUUACCUAGGGUCCAAUGGGGAUGGGUCCUAUAGCUCUGUUGGGGACUACAGUUUGCCGUCGUCAGCUGUAGCCAGCAGCCUUUCUCAGUCGCCUCUCCCCAUGCCAUCAGCCUACCCCUCUGCCAGCGGGAAGAACCCUGUCAUGAUCCUCAACGAGCUGCGGCCAGGGCUGAAGUACGAGUUUCUCUCAGAGAGUGGGGAGAGCCAUGCCAAAAACUUUGUCAUGGCUGUGGCAGUGGACGGUCAGACUUUUGAAGGCUCAGGAAGGAAUAAAAAGCUGGCAAAAGCUCGGGCUGCUCAGUCAGCCCUGGCAUCCUUGUUUAACAUGCAGCUGGACCAGACCCCAUCUCGACAGCCCAUUCCCAGUGAGGGGCUCCAGUUACAUUUGCCACAGGUUUUAGCUGAUUCCGUUGCACGCUUGGUUGUAGACAAAUUCAGUGACUUGACGGAAAAUUUCACAUCACCACAUGCACGAAGAAAAGUCCUUGCUGGAGUUGUCAUGACAACAGGUACAGAUGUGAAAGAUGCCCUGGUAAUAAGUGUUUCUACAGGAACAAAAUGCAUCAAUGGUGAAUACAUGAGUGACCGUGGUCUUGCAUUAAAUGAUUGCCAUGCAGAAAUUAUAUCUCGCCGGUGCCUGCUUAAAUUUCUGUAUACACAACUUGAGGUUUAUCUAAGCAAUAAAGAAGAUCAGCAAAAAUCCAUUUUUAUCAAAUCGGAACGAGGCGGGUUUAAGCUGAAGGAGAAUGUGCAGUUCCAUCUCUAUAUCAGCACUUCUCCUUGUGGCGAUGCUAGGAUUUUCUCACCACAUGAAGCAGCGCAAGAGGAUCAAGGUGACAGGCAUCCAAACCGCAAAGCGAGAGGACAGCUACGGACAAAAAUAGAGUCUGGGGAAGGGACCAUCCCCGUGCGCUCCACUACCACUAUCCAGACGUGGGAUGGCGUACUGCAAGGAGAAAGGCUGCUUACCAUGUCCUGCAGUGACAAGAUAGCGAGGUGGAACGUAUUGGGUAUUCAAGGAGCCUUACUUAGCCUCUUUGUGGAACCAAUUUACUUCUCUAGCAUCAUCUUGGGGAGUUUAUAUCAUGGGGAUCAUCUAUCCAGAGCCGUAUACCAGAGGAUAGCAGAGAUAGAAGAUCUACCACCUCUUUAUACACUCAACAGACCUUUACUUAGUGGUAUUAGCAAUGCAGAAGCCCGUCAGCCAGGGAAAGCACCAAACUUCAGUGUGAACUGGACAGUAGGAGACGCUGGUCUUGAAGUUAUUAAUGCUACAACGGGCAAAGAUGAAAUGGGUCGUGCAUCUCGCCUCUGCAAGCAUGCUUUCUACAGCCGCUGGAUGCGCAUUCAUGCAAAGCUUUCCUCCAGCUUGCGUUCAAAGAUCCUCAAGCCUAACCUGUACCACGAAACCAAGCAAGGAGCCACUGAGUAUCAAACUGCCAAAAAGUGCUUGUUUAAAGCAUUCCUGAAGGCAGGACUGGGAGCCUGGGUGGAGAAACCCAUUGAACAGGAUCAGUUUUCUCUCACGGUCUAAUUCACAGACUCCACAUCACUUUGGA